AUGGAAAACAGUGAUAAAACAGAAAAAACAAUAUCUAAAAAACAAUUUGCAAGUAUACAUAUGAAGAUUCAAAAUAAAUAUGAAGAAAUGCAGAGGAAACUGGAAAAGUCUCGAUCUAUGGAUUCGUUGACUUGUAAUUGUUUAAGUAAGGAAGACGAAAAAAAAUGUGCAAGUGUUUGUGAUUUAGGUUCAAUAACGAGGGAAGAAAAUUUACUUGACGAAAUAAAUAAUCAUGUGCAACACAUAACAAUACUAGAUACAAAUCAAGAGAAAAUAACUCGUGAUAACAUUGCUUAUGACGAACCUAUUGUUGCUAAAUCUGAAUCCAUAUCAAAUAUAAGUGAAAAGUGUGACAGCGAAUGUGAAAGUACAAACGAUUAUGUUUUUUUUAAUAAACAUUAUUUUAAAACGAGCCUUGAAUCAUUGAGUGAAGUUGCAAAAGAGGAUAGUGACGAAUGUGAAUCAUUUACACCUCAGCCACGUACUCUUCGUAGUAGAAUAGAAUCACACCUCAGAAAACGACAGCGGGAAGAAAAAUUCACUAAACCAAAAUCAAAAGAGUCUAAAAAUAAAGUUGAUAAAUAUAUACUAUCUAAUGCAGUAGAAAACGGGAAAGUUAAACCAUUGAAAAAGAUGAAACAGGCUACUGUGACUAUUGCAUUGAUUGAAGUUACGGGUUUCGAACCGACCAAACUAGAAGAUAAACCGCGUGUUUUAAUGUUUCGAUUUAGAUUAGGUACUGAAAAGCUUAAAUCAAAAUUAAUUAAGAGCCACAAAGACGUAGUUCCAGUUCAAGAAAUAUUUAAUUUAAAUUUAUACGACAACGACAGUCUACUGGAGCUCACACUUUCUGAAAGAGAUAAUAUAAUUUGCAGUACUGUUACAGAUAUAACUUCAGUUUUAGAAGUUAUAAUUUAUGACGAGAAAAAAAACGACGAGGUCGGAAGGGUAGCGAUACCUUUGCUUAAAGUUAGGUGCGGAAAAAAUUGGUAUGCUCUAAAAUGUUGCAAUCUUAAAGAUAGGGCAAAGGGUAACAAUCCUAGGAUUCUUCUAGAAAUCAAUCUUGUUUGGAAUAUGAUUAAAGCAGCGAUUCGGGUGAUAAAUCCAAAAGAACCUAAUUAUCUACAACAAGAGGAAAAAUUAGACAGACAUGUUUUUGCGAGAAACUUGUCUAGGGCCAAAGUCGUUACCACUUGGAUAAUGAACGCAUUGGAAGUAUUCAAGUAA